AUGUCUUCGAAAACGCUGGUGAAGCCGAUUCUGGGCCGCGCAGGCAACCACCUGGCCAGCGGGAUCGUGGGGCUUGCCAACGUGGGCAAGUCGACGUUUUUCCAGGCCAUCACAAAGAGCAAAAUGGGCAACCCGGCCAAUUACCCGUUUGCGACCAUAAAGCCGGAGGAGGCUGUCGUGACGGUCCAAUCGAGCACUCUGGACAAACUGGCCGCUCUGUACGGGUCUCAGAAGAUCAUCCCCUCGGUGCUUAACAUCUGGGACAUUGCCGGAUUAAUCAAAGGCGCAUCUGAAAAUAAAGGAUUAGGUAACGCUUUUCUGUCGGAUAUUAGGGCGGUGGACGGGAUCUUCCAAGUGGUGCGCGGGUUUAAAGAUGAUGAUAUCACCCACAUUGAAGGAAACGUCGACCCAACUAGAGACCUGACCAUUGUUCAGGACGAGCUGCUACUCAAAGAUAUGGAAUUUAUCGAAAACUCCCUGGAUCGUAUAGCCAAGAACCUGAAAAAUAAACGCAUCCGACCUGCAGGUGAAGUUGCCAAACUGGAGGUGCAGCAAAAAACGCUGGCUGUUGCCUACGAUCAUCUGCUUGAAGGAAGACGUAUACUUGACAAACCGGAUUGGACAGAAGAGGAGAUAGAGGCGUUAAAUGAGCAUUCAUUACUGACUGCCAAACCGGCCAUUUUCCUGCUCAACGUGAGCAAACAGGACUAUUUAUCUGGGGAAAACGAAUUUCUCUCCAGCGUCCAGUGCUGGGUAGACGAAAAUGCCCCUGGUUCUGCUGUGAUGAUGUUUUCUGCCGACUACGAGUCCCAAAUUGUGGAGUCUGGAGAAAACUCUGCCAUUCCAAAGAUUGUCAAUGCGAUGCGAGACGCACUUAAGUUGAUUAGUUUCUACACUUGCGGCCCCAUCGAGGCAAGACAAUGGACAAUAAGACAGGGAACCCUGUGUCCCCAGGCGUCCGGGGUAAUCCAUUCUGAUUUCGAACGCACCUUCAUCAACGCCGAGGUUAUCAAGUUCCGUGACAUAGCCAACAUGCAACCACCCUUAAACGAAAAAAGCCUGAGGUCUUUGGGCAAAAUCGCGCGUGUUGGCAAGACCUACGUUGUUGAGGACGGCGACCUCAUGCGCAUCAACGCGGCCGCCGCCAAACGCUGA